ACCCCAACACACCCCGCACAGCCACUAUGUCGUCCGACUUCGAAGGCUACGAGCAAGACUUCGCGGUGCUGACCGCCGAGAUAACCAGCAAGAUCACUAGGGUCCCCCGACUCCCGCCGGAUGAGAAGAAGCAGAUGGUCGCAAAUGUGGAGAAACAGCUGGAAGAAGCGAAAGAAUUGCUUGAACAGAUGGAUUUGGAAGUCCGAGAGAUACCACCCCAAAGUCGAGGCAUGUAUAGCAACAGGAUGAGAAGCUACAAGCAAGAAAUGGGAAAGCUUGAAACAGAUUUUAAAAGGUCACGGAUCGCCUACAGUGACGAAGUCCGGAAUGAGCUCCUAGGGGAUGACGGGAAUUCCUCCGAGAACCAGAGGGCACAUCUGCUCGAUAACACAGAGAGGCUGGAAAGGUCAUCGCGGAGACUAGAGGCUGGAUACCAAAUAGCAGUGGAAACCGAACAAAUUGGCCAGGAGAUGCUGGAAAAUCUCAGUCAUGACAGAGAAAAGAUACAACGGGCACGUGAAAGACUGCGGGAAACAGAUGCUAACUUGGGGAAAAGCUCCCGAGUCCUGACAGGGAUGUUGCGAAGAAUCAUCCAGAAUCGCAUCCUGCUUGUCAUCUUGGGUACCAUUCUGGUCAUCACCAUUUUGACGGCCAUCACUCUUUCUCUCCGAAGUCACUGAUGUAUCAGCUCUUCCUUGAUAAACAGCAUCAAAGGCUUGUUCUGAGUAAUUAAGACAAAAUGGUCACAUGAAUCAUCCCAGGCGAUGACAGGCCCUGAGUGACCCUCUCUCUUUCUCUCCCUCCCUGCGGCUCCGCUGGUGCACACAGCAGCCGCACAGAUCCUCUUCCUGCACAGAUGGGGAGUGCUUUCCUUUCCUAGGCUUGUUUUGGUCCACAUUUGUCUUUGAGAGGAGGAAGGUGACUAUUUUUUUCCUUUUCUGGUAAUGUCUUCUACUGGCCCAAGUGGCCUUGAUAACCUUCCUUGUCCCUUAGACAUGCUGGGCCAACAUCUGGGAGAGGCCCUGGGGAACCAGUCACAGGGCAUCUAAGCAGCGAUUCUGUUUGCAAUUUAUCACCAAAUUGUCCUUGUGUGAUGGCCAAGGAUUAAAACAAAAAACACAGACUAAACUGAGGCCUAGAGCCAGCUAUUAGCUCCAGCAUACCAAACCCCAUUCCUACCCAGACCAAAUGGAUAAUGUCUCCUUGCCUGAGUACCAUCUUGGGUGCUUCCUACCAGUUACUCAGGAAGCAGAUUUAGCCCUGGCCCUGUUUCUCUGAGAAGGCACUGUUUAUGUAUAUUAACCCAUGACUAUUCCUCACCUGAGUCUUCCCAAUAUCUAUCUACUUUUUACAACUUUGAUUACUGGCUGUAAGAAAUCAUGGUUUGCCUUUCCCCAAGCCCCCUGCUCCCCAGAAUUCUCUGGCAAAGUGAGCCCUGGCAUUUCGUGGUGACCUCCUGUCCCCCGGCCUGUGUAAGCAUUUCUGUAUCCUCUCAGUUUUAGUAUCUGUGCUGCCAAAAGCAGCCCUCCUACACGCGAAAGGUCUGACGGGGUCUCUCCACAUCCACCCCAGUAUGUAAAGAGAACAUGAAUAUUUCAGCACCUGCAAGAACAUGACUUGUCUGUGUGAGAUUCCAGAUAUGAUUAUAAAUAUGGCCAAGUCCUAAGGAUGAGCUACUCGAAAUAAACUUUGUGGAAAAUG